CAAAGCAUCCCGCGAAUGGCUGCUUCGUUCCUCUCGUCUCCUUUCUCACACCCACUUCGCAGAUUCACCCUCCACCAUCUCUCCAACAAACCCGUCUCAUCUCUGUUCCUCUGCUCCGCCGCGAAAAUGAACGGCCAUGUAUACCGUGUUCCUGCGCUCGACGAAGAAGAGAUGGCAUCCGUCGCCGGGAAAACGUUUGAGAGAUACGCAUUGCCUUCUUCAGCGAAGAGAAACGGCAAAGGAACCGCGAUUCUCUGGUUUAGAAACGAUCUUAGAGUGCUUGACAACGACGCGUUGUACAGAGCUUGGUCUUCCUCUGAUACCCUUUUGCCUGUUUACUGUCUCGAUCCUCGUCUCUUUCAAACUACUCAUUACUUCGCUUUCCCUAAAACCGGAGCUUUGAGAGGGGCUUUUCUGAUGGAGUGUUUGGCUGAUUUGAGAAAGAAUCUGAUGAGAAGAGGACUGAAUCUUCUCAUUCGGAGUGGUAAACCAGAAGACAUUCUUCCUUCUCUUGCCAAAGAUUUUGGAGCUCAUACAGUAUUGGCUCAUAAAGAAACGUGUAGCGAGGAGCUACAGGUUGAAAGGCUUGUGGAUCAGGGUUUGAAAGGGGUUGGAAAUGGAACUAAGCUUGAGUUCAUAUGGGGAAGCACAAUGUACCACAAAGAUGAUCUUCCUUUUGAUGUUCUUGAUUUGCCUGAUGUCUACACUCAGUUUCGUAAGUCGGUGGAAGCCAAGUGUAGGAUUAGAAGCUCCACUCGCAUCCCAAUUUCUCUAGGACCAACACCUUCUGUUGAUAACUGGGGAGAUGUUCCAACUCUUAGUCAACUUGGAACUGAGCUACAAGAGGUGACUAGAGGAAUGAGAUUUGUGGGUGGUGAAAGUGCUGGAGUAGGCAGAGUUUUUGAGUACUUCUGGAAGAAGGAUCUUUUGAAAGUAUACAAAGAGACGAGGAACGGAAUGUUGGGACCUGAUUACUCUACAAAAUUCUCUCCAUGGCUUGCCUUUGGAUGCAUCUCUCCUCGCUUUAUCUACGAAGAGGUUCAAAGAUAUGAAAGUGAAAGAGUAGCAAACAACUCAACAUACUGGGUGUUGUUUGAGUUAAUAUGGAGGGAUUACUUUAGGUUUCUUUCGAUCAAGUGUGGCAACUCCUUGUUCCAUCUAGGUGGUCCAAGGAAUGUGCAAGGUGAAUGGAGUCAGGAUAAGAAGCUGUUUGAGUCUUGGAGAGAUGGCAAGACCGGGUAUCCUAUUAUAGAUGCAAACAUGAAGGAGUUAUCCACUACAGGUUUCAUGUCAAAUCGUGGCCGACAGAUUGUUUGUUCGUUUCUUGUGAGGGACAUGGGGUUGGACUGGAGGAUGGGUGCGGAAUGGUUUGAGACAUGUCUAUUGGACUAUGAUCCCUGUUCUAAUUACGGAAACUGGACUUAUGGAGCAGGAGUUGGAAAUGAUCCUAGAGAAGACCGGUACUUUAGCAUUCCCAAGCAAGCACAGAACUAUGAUCCAGAAGGAGAAUACGUAGCGUUUUGGGUGCAGCAGCUGCGUCGGCUUCCAAAAGAGAAGAGGCAUUGGCCAGGGAGAUUGAUGUAUAUGGACACAGUUGUGCCGUUGAAGCAUGGUCAUGGUGGUGGUGGUGGUAAUGCUCAAACGUCAAAGUCUGGUGGUUUCAGAGGGAAUCACAGCGGGAGACGUUCAAGACACAAUGGUCCUUAGAUCAACUCCUCCUUCACCAAAGAGUUUGUAUUACAUAAGUAACAUAUUGUUACUAGAUUAAAAAAAUAAAUCAUUAUGUGAAAUGAGUAAACUGUAACUGCGCGUUUACUCAUGUAAACGGUUUGGUUACAUCUUGACUCCCAUUUGUGGGCUACUGUCUCUGGAGACUUAUGGUUUCUCUGCUAGUUUUGUAUCUUCGGGAUUCUAUGAAUCUCGCCGGUUUGUUUGUAACACAAAGAAUCAAUGAAAUCUUCAAUUUAGUGUGAAAUAAAAAAAAA